AAUGCGUUACUAGAUAAACUGAUAGAAUAUAGGAGCUUUCUCAGGUCACUAGAUAAUGAGCUGUUCAUAUCACACGUCAAACAGGUCCAACUUCUGCAAGAUAAUUACAAGAAGUCUGAUUCCUUUGAGUUGCCUGCCCCAAAGGGGAUCUCAACUCCUCUCAACUCAUCCAACCAUUUAAUUAGCCUGUUGAGCUCUGAUCCCUUCAAUGACGGAUUGGAUGAAGUACUAUUAAAUGUCCAACAGAGUCUGACUGCUAAAAAUGGUUCAUACGUUUCUGAUGAUCUGAAUGAUCUGACGGACGAAGAUAGCGUGGGGAUUAUCCACGAGUUUGGUGAUUACUCCACUUACUUUCAUAAUAAGCAUCUCAAGCAACAGAAAGCUGACGAAGAAUACGUACGGUGGAACAAGAAAAGAAGAGGGAGUCAAGAUGAUUUGACACCUAUUUUUGAAGGAUGUAUAAUUCACGUGAAUGGACACACAACUCCUUCGAUCAAUGAGAUACACCGUCUCGUUAUCUCAUAUGGGGGGAAAUUCAUCAGCUACUUGACUAACAAAGGAGCAGCUACCCAUAUAAUUUGUGAUAAAUUGACUCCACGGAAGAGAAUUGAGUACAAGAACUACAAAGUUGUGCGGGCACAAUGGAUUGUAGACUCUGUCUCAAAAAAUCGGCUACUUGACUGGCAAAAUUACCGCUUGAUUGAGGAAAUUGAAUAUGGUCAGAAAAGACUUGAUUUUGCAGCAAAAGUAGAUGCUGAGAGCCUGGACGAUGAUCUUCCACUAAUGACUCAACAUGAGCCUGAAAAUGAAUUAAGCCAAACUAGUGAUGACAAUCAUCUUGCCGAGCACCUUCCCAAAGAUAAUUCGAAAGAUGGCAAAAUCAUGGAUGCUAAGAAUCCAGAAUUUUUGAAGCAUUUCUUUGCUAAUUCCAGACUCCACCAUCUCAGCACUUGGAAGGCCGAUCUUCGCUUGAAAUUUUUGAAAAGGAUUGUAAAAGAAAAGAAAAUAAAGACUAAUAUACUGGAAAAGAAGAUGAUACUACAUAUCGAUUUCGACUGUUUUUUUGCAACAGCAUCUUGCCUCAACUUUCCGAAUUUGAAUAUAAACACAGAUCCUAUUGCUGUUACACAUGGUGGUAGAACUUCAGAUGUUGCCAGCUGUAAUUAUGUUGCAAGAAGUUAUGGUGUUAGGAACGGCAUGUGGAUGGGCCGUGCAAAAGAUUUGUGCCCUGAAAUCAAAACAUUGCCCUAUGACUUUGAUUCAUAUGAAAAGCACUCCAAUGAGUUCUACAAUUAUUUACUCUCUUACGAUAUUUUUGAUUCUAUAUUUCCUGUUCUGAUAGAUGAAGCUUUGGUGGAUAUAUCAACAUUUGCACUUUUGCCAUCGGAAGAUCCAACUCAAAGCAUUGUGGAACUAUGUCGCAAAAUAAGAGCGGAUGUAUUUAAGCUUACCAGUUGUACUGUCAGUGUUGGAGCAUCGCAUAAUGUGCUUUUGGCUAAGCUUGCUCUCAAGAAAGCUAAACCAGAUAAUCAACUAAUCCUAAACGAAAACAUUGCAGAAUUUCUUAAAUCUACUCGCGUGCAAGAUCUUCCAGGUAUCGGUCGAAAAAUCAAAGAAAAGCUUCUAGCACAACUUCAUAAGUCCAGCAACGAUGAACCAGUUAUCGAAGAUUUGCUAAAUUUUGACAAGCUGAAGUUAAUGAAAAUAUUUGGGUCCAAAACUGGGUCCAAAUUGUUUGAGUAUGCAAGAGGAAUUGAUCAUACGAGUAUCGCAAUUGAUACAAGUAGUCCUGAAUCCUUGUUGGGGAGGAAAUCAAUUUCUGUUGAUGUUAAUUUUGGGAUACGGUUCGAUUCUGUUGAACAAGUUGAAGUCUUCUUGAUGAGAAUUUCGAAGGAGCUCUAUUCCAGACUAAUCUCAUUAGGAAUUUGUGGUUCUCACCUCACUUUGAGACUAGCAAAAAGGGCACCUGGUGCACCUAUUAAUCCUGAGAAAUAUCUCGGAAUGGGUAUUUGUGAGUUUAUCUCUAAGUCAUCCCGACUCGGAGUUGCCACGAAUGACUGGGGUAUAAUAGGUUCUGAGGCUAAGGCGUUAUAUAGAAUGAUCAAUACCCCGGUUAAGGAUUUAAGAGGUAUAUCAUUAACAAUUACAAAAUUGGAAGAUGUUGAUGCAAUCAAGAAAAGCAGACAAUCAAGACUUCAGUUUACAACAGCAUCUGUGCUUGAAAAGAAUGAAGAUACCAGAAGUGAACUAAAUGAUGCUAAUAAACCUAUCCGUUCUCCAGUUUUAGGAGCUCCUAAUGUGAAAAGGCCAUCUCUGGAUACGGUCCAAGGGCAAAUUGAUGUACCGGAUGAUCCCAACAUUGAUUGGGAGGUCUUUAAUUCAUUACCAUGGGAUAUAAGAAGAGAGAUCAAGCGUGAAUUAGAACGUCGUCAUUUAGGACCGUCUAGAUUACCGUCUCCCAUAAAACCUCGAGGCAAAUUCAAGGAAGGUAAAGGUUUCUUGCAGCAGUUAAUACCUUCACAAUCGAACUCGAUUCCCAAAUAUGUCAGAGUAAUUGAGACUCCCAAUAGAUCCCCAAGUAAGUCCCCUUCAAAACGACAACGAACUUCAGCACUGCCAGUGAAACAGUCGAAAGAGAACUCUUACAACGAGUCUGAUUCAUACUCUAAUACAAUCUUGAAUGAACUUCCUUCUUCUAUAAGAGAAGAAGUUCUCAAAGAUAUAGAAUACAAAAAGAAGAUCAAGAAGUUUGAUCUAGUUCCAUUGAGGGACAAGGUUGCUGCAAAGUAUGAGGAGCAUAUGCCUUCAACAGAUUCCGUUACCUUAAAAUGGUUAAAUCAACAAGAGAAACGGAAUCCAAUACCUCAUUUUCUCAACAAGGAGGCCACUUUUGAACAAAUGAAGUUUAACAUUGAUAAUUGGAUAAGAACUUCUUUGCUGCAACAGGGUCCUCAUAGGGAUGAUGUAUCUGCCUUUUUAGGGUACGUUUUUUCUCUAUUGAAAAGCGGCAAUUGCACUAGGGGACUUCUAUUAAUAGAGCACAUAAAGAAAGUGCUCUCAUUUCACGAAGCGGUAAACAAUGUUAGUCAAGUAUCCGAGUCAAAGCUCUUCGUAACGGAAGGUAUCAAGGAUUGGCAGCAUUGUUUAAAUCUGAUAAUGAUUCCCCAGAUCAAUACCUAC